CGUGAUUACGCGACGCCACUGUACUUGGGGCGGGCGGCCAUGAGCCACCACCAGGCAAAGCUGUGGACCGCACCUCCUCACUCCUCACUCGGCCAGCUCCGCCCUUCGCCAAAUCUAUCCGAUCUGUGCACUGUGCAGCAAUCUCUCUUCAGCGCACGAGGAGCUUGUGACUUGUGAGCAUGUAUGCGCGACGCAACAAAUCUGGAAAGAAGGACGCAUCUGUCUGUUAUAUGAAGGCUCCUCUACCGUAUGCCAUUGAAGAGAAUCAUGGUGGUUGCUUCUUUGACGAUGACGACGAUCUUGCAGAAGUUCUUCAAGAUCAGGAAAUAUUGUAUCAAUUAAUUCAAGGAAAUAAAGGUAGCAGUUCAUCAAGAACUCAUUCACCUCCCAGUUCUAGCUAUGGCCAUGAUAGGACAUCAAAGGGACGAAAACCAGAAGUUGUAAAGUAUGACUAUGAGUUGCAACUAGCGGUUGAUGAAGCUUUAGCUAGAGAGUUGCAAGAAAUGGAGGGUCAACUAGCCAAAACUUCACUUUAUGACAAUAAGGGAAGAAAGCCAAUAUCUUCUUCAUCAUCUGAUAGGGGCCAUAGUUCUGCAAGCAGACCUCCUCAGGUAGUGGAGGAGGAUGGCAUUGAUCCCGAUAAUAUGACUUAUGAGGAACUACAACAGUUAGGGGAAGCCAUUGGUACCCAAAGCAAAGGGCUGCCUGAAAGUGUCAUAGCACUGUUACCAACUUCAACUUGCAAAAUUAGGAUAUUCUCAAGAAAGGAAAAACAUGAAGAAUGUGUGAUCUGCUGUAUGGCUUACAAGAACCGAGAUAGGCUAACUAAAUUGCCCUGUGGACAUCAGUAUCAUCAAGCUUGUGUUGCUAAAUGGUUACAGAUCAAUAAGGUAUGCCCUGUUUGCAAUAAGGAGGUUUUCGGCUCGUAAAAUGGGCAUUGCAGAUUCAUCUUAUCGCCAGCUCCAGCAACCAACUGGACUGCUGCGGUAUAUGGCUGUCAUUCGUAUGAGCAUGCUGCAUGGUUGCUGAAGGUAGCGCACUGUAUUGCUCAAGGAUGCAACACCAGCCAGAUCAGGUGGUGCCUCGAGGAAAAUCAAUACGAUCACUGCUUCUGAACUCGAGUCACUGGGACAUUCAGACUUGAUGUCACAAUGUAGCUCUUUUUUAUUAUCUCAUUAUGUAUAUUGGUCAUGGUCAGUUCAUUUCAGUAUUUUGGCUCCACCUCAUCCUCAUUCAGUUCAGCCAUACUCUCCGGAGCCUUGCAACGUGGAUUGAAUCAGUAGCGGCAUGAAAAUUUAGGCACUGUUGAAUUUUUUGUAGUAGCAGCCUAGCACUAGCAGGCACUACGAUUAGCCAAUGGUCAGAUUGCUGGAGUCUGACUUCUGAUUUCCUCGGCGGCUCGGCCAACCAUUUUGGACUAUGGCUGCAUCAUAAUGUUAUCUACUUCGGUAGGAUUGAUCCUUC